UUGAGUACCACUCAUCCUGUGUCUGCACAUCCUCUAGGAUGACUUGCUUCAGCACUCUACCAAAGGCCAACCUCCAUCUCAGCCUCCUUCUGCCUAACAAUACCCUCGGGUUCAGGAAGAGUCAUUAUCCUGCUUGUUCAGAAGGAGAAACUGAGGCAUGCAUCAGCAAACCACACUGCCCCUUAGGAAACCAAUUGUAUGAACCAGACAAAGAGCCAGAGCUUGAACCCCAGUGUUGCCUUGGGUCACCAGAAUCACAAAGAUGGAGUGUGAUGUCCAGUUUUAUCAUAUGUCAGGCAGUGAGACCUUAAACAAGUUGUGAAACCUCUCUGAGCCCCAGUUUCCUUAUCAGUAAGAUGGAGGAAAUAACAAGAUCUACCUCACCAUGUGGUUGCAAGGAGUGAGGGCAGAGGCCCUCAGUCAAUAUUAGUAUUACUCUCUGCAGAUCACAGAGCUCAUACAUGUGUCUGCCUCUUUAUGCACGUGUGUGCAGACACUCUGUAUCUGUGUGUGCUUGUGGCACAAAGCUGUUUGUGUGCCUACAUCACAACCCCAGCCGAUGACUAGGCCCUGCUGAGGUUUCAAGUUAAGACAGUAGCAUGUUUGCUUAUGUGCUUCUGUUUAGCCUUCUGAGCCAUGCUUGGUGGUUGAAGUAGGAGCUUUCAUCCUCACUGGAACAUGAGUGAGUGGUUGAGUUUGGAGCCAGCUGUGAAAGUCAGGGCAGCCUUGCCCUGUGAAGCCAGCGGGCUUCCACGUGCUCUGGCUGACCUGAACUGGGAAGGCGGGGAGCCAGAGGUAGGGGCCGAGAAGGGCUAGAGCUGGAGGAAGGGAGCUGAGGAGGAGGAGGAGGAGGAGGCCAAAGAGGGCCUAGGAAGGAACCCGGACCCAAAAGGAAAUGCACACUCAGAUCUGGAGUCUGGUGUACCCAGAGCCCCUUCUGUGGGUGGCUUUGGGAGCCUCCCCCAGCCCCCUCUCCCCACCCACUUCACUGAGACUGCUUUAUGUUCCUGUUCCCAGGAGGCAGCUGGCACCCAGGGAGGCUGGAGCUGGUGGGGCGGCGCUCCCCACUUUGUGCCCAGAGCCAUUCCAAAGGGUGUGUCCCAGCAGGGCACACACACACAGUGAUUAGGGGGAGGGAGGAGUGGCAUUCACUGUCCACUGCAGGACCCAGCCGGUGGGCUGGACAGCAGCCAGCUCUCCCCAGGCUCUUGGCUGCAACAUCAUUGGCCCUGGCACCACCCAUAGCCUACCCAGACACUCCUUCCAGUCCAGGGGCUGGAGCCCUGGCUAGGAGGAGCCGCCUGGGGGUAGGCUGGGCUGGGCACCUCAACUCUGCACACCCCUCCCUGCAGCUUCCCUCCCACAUCCCGCUCCAGCUGGGUUUGAAAAGGCGCUCCCAUCCUUCCUCCUCUCCACAUCAGGCCCUGCCCUGUACUCUGUCCUUUCAGCCGGAAGCUGUACCCAUAAACUGGCUCUACCCCAUAGACCCCCUCCUGUCCUCUUAACCACUGAGAGAACCCUCUGAGCCAGGCCAGCUGCUAGCUUUCCUCCGUGACUCCCCCUCUAGCCUCCACUCCCCCACCUGACAUGCCCUCCUCUCCUGCUCCCUGCAGCACCAUCUUCCAGGCCAGACAGCCCCACUCCUCCUGGAGCCCGGUCCCUGUGAGCCUGCCUUACUAAAAGCACUGCCCUGUUCCUUAUGCACCCAUGGGGUGGUGGAUGCACCUUGCCCCACUGUCAAGUCCGCCUGUGCUUUAUCUGCCCCACAAGAUGAGAGGCUCCAAGGUUGGCACUGCACUGCACCCACGCCACCUCCACCCAGGCCAUUGAGGCAAACCCUUUAUGGGCACUCAGCAAACACUUCUGGAUUCAUACUGAUUCCAUCCAGGUCAUGUGUUGGCACCUUUACCUCCUGGGUCUGGGAGUGGAGUGUGGAGUUAUGCUUCAUUGGAUAUUUAACUAGUGCCUUUGUGGACAAAGGGAUUUGACUUCUCAGUCUUUGGCUUGGGUGUUCCGGGAGUACCUGGUUUUUGAUAAAAAGCUAUGGAGUCAUCCAAUCUUGGAAACUGUCCACCUGCUCUGAUGAAGCACCCCCGCUUCUUCCCUUCAGCACCCAAUUCCCUGACCUAGCAGCCUCUUCCCACCACAUCCUGGCCGCCCAGCCUCUCUCUCCCCUCACGCAGCAGUCCACAGCCCUCUUUCCACAGCAUGGAGGGUCUGACAGAUGCAUUCUAGUCCAUUGUGGAGACGCCUACUCCCCUGCCUGCAGUGGUGGGUAUUCACAGUUUUAGAGGGAACCACAGAGACAGACCUGACCCUUCCUGCCUUCCUGAAGCAAGUUUGCCUGCCUCUCUGGGGCAGGCUUCCUGCAGGGCAUAUCCCAAGAAGGAAUGAAUCUGUAACAUUGGAAUUUCAGGCAAGGGGCACCUGUUGGAGGAGAUAGUUUUGUCUGUACCAUCUUUCUGGGGCUCUGCAAAUCACAGCCUCAUCCCUGGACCUUCAUGGCCAAUGUACCUUUGAGAUUUACUUCUGGUUUCAGGAUGCUUUAAGGCUCAUGGCCUGCCCAGGAAGAGUGGCAGAGGCCACGGAAGGCCAAGCACCUCAUUGGACUCCUUUGUUUUGUGCUUGUUUUCCAUGACACCAGGGGAAGAUGAUCAACAGGAAAGAUUUGCUCCCCUGGCUCUCCCCUGAUUUCUGAGAACAGUCAGCAGAGGUAUCAAGGCGUUAAUGGUUAUUUCCUCCAGGUGACCAGUCAGUUCCAGGGUAAAAGAGGCCUGACAGCACCCAGCUGGCCAGAGCCUCCCAGGUGGCAGUUUUCAAGAAGGCUUGAAGGGAAGGUUUGUGUGAGGUUUGAAGGAAAGGCCUGGGAGAGGGUGUUUGGCCACACCUCUGUGAUUGGUGGCUGGCCCACCCCAGUGUGGGCUGCUGGAACCUCCGGUUGGCAUUUCUGAGUCAGCCUGCGUGAUAUGUGUUUGUUUGAGGGGAAGGGGUGUCUGUGGGUCCUACCCACAAGGUCUCAUGACCCCCAGCGGAGGAGGGAGCUGCAGUUCUGUGGUUACUUCCUGCACUCCCUCUUUUUUUGUUACUUAAAGGAUUGCUGUGCAGUGUUUGAUUUGGUUAAGUUACACUCACGACCCUGUAAGGAGAAAACAUAUAAUUCUAGUAAUUUUAUUGGGCUUAGGUUUCAGGCAAAUGGAAAUAAAAUUGCCUCUAAAAAGACAGACACGCUGAAUUGAAUAAAACAAUAAUAAUAAAAAGCCUCCCUUGCUUUGAGAUAAGUGGUAAGUCAUUUUAUGAAGUACUACAGAAAGGGGGGGGAACCCACAAAAAACAAAACGGAGGAACCCGGGAGAAAAGAGGGGAAAAGAAAAGCAAGAAAAGCUCCUCCACCGCCCUUGCCUUUAUUUCUGCUUUACCUUUUCCAAAGAACUUAAUUUCGUGUCAUAAAGUGAAGCGUAAAGCGCGAGUGGUGAGAUCGUCCUGUCCCGCGCUUGACAGUACAGGUGGACCAAAGGGGCUCCCGGCCAAAUACUUCUGGUUGGAGGGAGGGGAGGGAGUGCUCGCUCAAAACCACUCCUGGAAUGGCUUAACUCGCCCAGCACGAAUCAAUGACAACCUCCCGCCGGCUGCGGCAGGCUCCCCCGAGCAGCGCGGCCGCGUGGAUUCCCAGCCUGGGACCCUGGCGGCGCUCAGGACACUGCCCGGGCACCAGCGCGGCGUCCCCCGGGCGGCCAGGGCUCUGGCUGAGAACAUGGCCAAUGACAUUGACGAGCUCAUUGGCAUUCCCUUCCCCAACCACAGCAGUGAGGUCCUGUGCAGCCUCAAUGAGCAGCGGCACGAUGGCCUGCUGUGCGACGUGCUCCUGGUGGUGCAGGAGCAGGAGUAUCGGACCCACCGCUCUGUCCUGGCUGCCUGCAGCAAGUACUUCAAGAAGCUCUUCACAGCUGGCACCCUAGCCAGCCAGCCCUAUGUCUACGAGAUCGACUUUGUCCAGCCUGAGGCUCUGGCCGCUAUCCUGGAGUUCGCCUACACCUCCACACUCACCAUCACUGCCGGCAACGUCAAGCAUAUCCUCAAUGCAGCCAGGAUGCUGGAGAUCCAGUGCAUUGUGAACGUGUGCCUGGAGAUCAUGGAGCCUGGGGGGGAUGGAGGGGAGGAGGACGACAAGGAGGAUGACGACGAUGACGAAGAUGAUGAUGAUGAGGAGGACGAAGAGGAGGAGGAGGAGGAGGAAGAGGAGGAUGACGAUGAUGACACGGAGGACUUUGCUGACCAAGAAAACUUGCCUGACCCCCAGGACAUCAGCUGCCACCAAAGCCCUUCCAAGACGGACCAUCUCACAGAGAAGGCCUAUUCAGACACCCCCAGGGACUUCCCUGACUCCUUUCAGGCUGGCAGUCCUGGCCAUCUGGGGGUGAUCCGGGACUUUUCCAUCGAAUCUCUGCUGAGGGAGAACCUGUACCCCAAGGCCAACAUCCCCGACAGGAGACCCUCCUUGUCUCCAUUCGCCCCGGACUUCUUCCCACACCUCUGGCCAGGGGACUUCGGUGCCUUUGCCCAGCUGCCUGAGCAGCCCAUGGACAGUGGGCCACUGGAUCUGGUCAUCAAGAAUCGAAAGAUCAAGGAGGAGGAGAAGGACGAGCUGCCCCCACCCCCACCGCCACCCUUCCCUAAUGACUUCUUCAAGGACAUGUUCCCUGACCUGCCGGGGGGCCCUCUGGGACCCAUCAAGGCAGAGAACGACUACGGUGCCUAUCUCAACUUCCUGAGUGCCACCCACCUGGGAGGCCUCUUCCCACCCUGGCCCCUGGUGGAAGAGCGCAAGCUGAAGCCCAAGGCCUCUCAGCAGUGCCCCAUCUGCCACAAAGUCAUCAUGGGGGCCGGGAAGCUGCCGCGGCACAUGAGGACCCAUACCGGGGAGAAGCCAUACAUGUGCACCAUCUGCGAGGUCCGCUUCACCAGGCAGGACAAGCUGAAAAUCCACAUGCGGAAGCACACGGGGGAGCGGCCCUACCUGUGCAUCCACUGCAACGCCAAGUUUGUGCACAACUACGACCUCAAGAACCACAUGCGCAUCCACACGGGAGUGCGGCCCUACCAGUGCGAGUUCUGCUACAAGAGCUUCACGCGCUCCGACCACCUCCACCGCCACAUCAAGCGCCAGAGCUGCCGCAUGGCGCGGCCCCGACGCGGCCGCAAGCCCGCUGCGUGGAGGGCCGCCAGCCUGCUCUUCGGGCCGGGUGGCCCGGCCCCCGACAAGGCGGCCUUCGUGAUGCCUCCGGCUCUGGGCGAAGUGGGCGGCCACCUGGGCGGCGCAGCCGUGUGCCUCCCGGGCCCCAGCCCCGCCAAGCACUUCCUGGCAGCGCCCAAGGGCGCCCUGAGCCUGCAGGAGCUGGAGCGGCAGUUCGAGGAGACGCAGAUGAAGCUGUUUGGGCGCGCGCAGCUGGAGGCUGAGAGGAACACGGGGGGCCUCCUGGCCUUCGCACUGGCCGAGAACGUGGCGGCGGCGCGGCCCUACUUCCCGCUGCCCGACCCGUGGGCCGCGGGCCUGGCCGGCCUCCCUGGGCUCACCGGCCUCAACCACGUGGCCUCCAUGUCCGAAGCCAACAACUAGGCUGGUCACUGUCGACUCCAGCCCACCAGCCCUCCAGUCCUUCUCCCUCCAGGCCCGCUCUUCCCCCACCCCAUGGAUCUGAACUUUUCAUUUUAAAAACACAAAGGGAAAAUGGAAAAAAAUAAUAAUACUAUCAGUGAUGGCAUUUUCCCAGGCUCCUAAAGCAGCUGCCUCCUUUUGCUGUUCUGAGACGGGCAUCUCUUCCCAAAAGACCAGGAGCCCGGGCCUCCCUCCCUGGCUGUCUCUCUGGCUCUCAUGUAGAAAUUUGCACCGGCCCAAGCCACACAGAACUGGAUGCCCAGGGGCACUUAGGAGCUGGGUGAGUUAAGAGGGGUCAGGGGGUGGUUGGCCUGGUGCCCAGCCAGAUGGAGCAGGAGGAGGUAGGGGCUGGGCAUGCACCUUGGUUAAGCCCCACCCCCUGUGGCAGAGUCUCUGCCAACACUCCUCUGAGGGCUCAUUUUCCAGUCUCCAGUGGCCCCGGGGUCUUUUUGAGAACUACCCACCUGCCACAUAGAAAGAAAUGCUCUGUUGGCAGGGAAGCCCCCUGGAACCAGUCAGGAACCAGGCUCUGGGAGGCCAGGGCCAUUUUUUCCGUUACCUGUCCUGUGACCUUGACAGGUCAGCCCUCUGUAGCUCAGUGUCACCCGGCUAUAGAAGGGGCUGGUAACUUAGGUUUCCUCCCUCCACCUCUAAACACAUACACACCUAUCCCCCCAGAGAAUCCCAGAGAGGGUAGGAGCUUUGUACUCCCCAAGUCCAUGGGGAAACAGUUUAUCUUUCUGGACUUAGUUUUAUUACAUCCAGCUCUAUAUUAGCAUAUUAGCAUAGGUGAGAAAUAUGGCCAGACUAGACAGAGAUCGGGGGUCCGGGGAGCUUCCGAACUUCACCAAAGCCCACAGGCAGGUCUGCGAACUCCGAAUGCUACCUUACCUUCCCUGCAGGCCGCUGUUCGUGUCUGGACCCCUGGUGGCACUAGUGUUUACCCCAUCUCCAAUGCCCCUUCCAAGGCUGUGCAGUGUCUUGGGGCUCUCAGGGCCAACAUCGAAGAGAUGGGGGCCACCUCUUAACACCUGGCAACAGUUUCCCCUCACCCUGAUUCCUGAAAACAGAGAAAAUACAUACCUGUAGGUUUUCUAGGGUUUAUCUGUUUGCUUUUUGAGUUGUGGGUUCCUCAGGGCCUUGGCAUUGCUAGCGAUGGUCCCGUUUGCUGUGUGAGAACCCCCUCAACCCCAUCCUCCUCCCUCUGGGGGUGAAGUAGGAGUAUUUGGCUCCCUUUUUUAACAAAAGGGCUCAGUGCAGAGAAGUGGAGGCCUCUGAGGUUUGAAGGGCUCUGUGAGUUAGAGCUGUCACAUGUUCUCCUGAUUCUUGAGUUUUCAACAGGUCCUGAAAAGGAAGGCUCUGCUGGCCCCGUGCCUUCCUGAGCUUCUCUCCCCUUCCCUCCCUCUCUUUUCUUGCUGAGUUUGCUUUGGUUUCUUAGCAGCCCAGAGAGGAGGAGGGUUCAUCCCCAGGGAGGGCCCAGGGCUGGAGUCCCCAAUCUCUGUGCUGUGGGCACAAAGAGACUUCAGCUCUUCCUGUCGCCUUGGCUUUUUCCUGAGCAAACACACAACAAACAAAAAGGCCAGAGAAGAGCACAGACUCUGUCCCUCUCACAGCUCUCCGGAAGAGACCCCCUGAUUCUUCGCACCACCGGAUGCCACUCCAGCCAGCAGGAUUGCUACACACGCCCUCUGUUCUCAGAAGUCAUCUGCCUGGGCAGCCACCUCUCAGAUUCCUGUAGCCGCCUCUCAGAUUCCUGUCUUCGUUUCAGACACUUGCCCCAGAAGCAUGCUCAUGUCCACCAGCCAAUGUGCCCGUGUCCCCCCCAUCAGCCAAGCGAUUGGGGCCGAACCAGACUUUAAAAGAGAGGAAAAAAAAAAAAAAAAGGAAACAUGAAUAAAUUGGAAUCCAGUGGUGUUGGGGCUUUUGUUUUUAUUUUGUAAAGGUGAUGACUUCUUAUAAACUCAAUUUUUCAGAUGA